AUGUUAAAUAACGAAUCGGAUUUGGAUUGUGGUCAAGGUACGGUCACGACAACUCCAAAUUCACUUUCUAGAAGUAAUACCAUGAGAAGACCAUCAACUUUGGCCAAAAAUCACAAACCUAAAGAUGUUUUAGUCAGACGUAGAAAUAAUUCGGGAGGAGUCGAAAGUAUUUUACUCGUCGGUAAAUCGAAUAAUAGAUGGACGCUUAGACGAAUGAUGAGGAGAUUGUGUAAAUCGCACGCGUUUAAAAAUCUACAGGUCGAAAUGUUAUACCAAAGAUAUUUCAUACGAAUGAAUCAAAGUAACAUGACACAUUUAUUAGGUUUGUUAUUAGCCAUGUGUGCCAUUUUGGGUAUUUUGCAACUCAUUCUAACCAUCACAUCUCGCGGACGCGUUAAUUAUGAAAAAUUCGAUGAAACCCCCGGAAAUUUAACGAUGAAUUCCGAUUUGGAGUCUUUACUAUCAAGUAUUUCACCGCGGGAAAAAAUUCCAACAACGACUCAAAUGAUUUUAGAAGAAUCUUCGCCGACGGUUAUCGCGGAAACAAAACCUCCUCCUCCUCCUCCUACUCCUCCACCUAUUCGUAAAAUUUUUCAUCCGUUAGAAAACAGGCAAAAAUCAAGUAUAAGUUUGUUGGAGAGAAUAAGAAAUCCAAAUAUGCGAACUACAAAUUAUUUAAAUUUAACUAAAAAAAAAGUCGUGAAAGAAGAUUAUGAUGAUGAUGAUGAUGACGAUGAUGAUUUUGAAGACGUUGGAGAGUACACGCAUUUCAGAGAAAGAAUUCAAAUGUCGAAUAAAGAUUUCAGAUAUAAAACUUCACGAAAUAAAACUAAUAAACAGAGGGUGAAAAGAAAAGUUGGCACCACUGACGUUACCCCUAAAAAUUUUCUAACCGAAGAAAUUUUCAAAAAUAAAACUUUGUUAAACAAAAUGAAUUUUUCGGAAAAUUAUCAUUUGGGUACCGGUAUAACUUUGGUCUGUUGUAUUAUUGUUUAUUCAGGUUUGGUUGCCAUUCUCAUGAGACCAGCUUUGAACGAAGUCUAUCUCAUUGCCGUAUCCUACGUGGUACUCAUAACUUUUUUAGCUCUCGAAAUAGCUUUAUGUAUCACCGAGAGGCUCCUACUAUCGGUUUUACCAAGACAUGUUGCCAUGGAAAUGAAAGCUGAUAUAGCCGGAAAACAGAAGGAUACCAUGUUUCAUAAAAUAUACAUACAAAAACACGAAAACGUGUCCAUAUUGUUUGCCGAUAUUUGCGGAUUCACUUCCCUUUCCGAUCAAUGUACAGCACAAGAAUUGGUUCGAUUGCUCAACGAAUUAUUUGCUAGGUUCGUUUGUCACGUUGUAUUGGUAAGAGAUGUUAUGGGUGUUAAUGUUAACAUGAGAGUUGGAAUUCAUUCCGGAAGGGUACAUUGUGGUGUUUUAGGCCUUAGAAAAUGGCAAUUCGACGUUUGGUCUAAUGAUGUCACCCUAGCGAAUUAUAUGGAAAGCGGAGGAAUACCCGGGAGAGUUCACAUCACUAAAGAAACUUUGGCUUGUUUAAAUGGUGAAUACAAAACAGAACCCGGUCACGGUGGAGAACGUAACUCAUAUUUAAGAGAUCAAAACAUUGAAACGUACCUAAUCGUUCCAUCAACAUCACCCAGACCGAACACGACAAAACAUCAAUCAUCGUUUACGAUGAAUGGAAACGUAUCCAAAGAAAUGAGAGUCAUGGGACACGGUUCGCAACAAAUUAAACAUUCCAAGAUCGGUUUGGGAAAACCGGAAACGAUAGAAGAAAAAGAUCCGGAGGAUGAAGUCAACGAAUAUUUAAUGAGAGCCAUCGAUGCCAGAAGCAUCGACAGACUUCGAUCCGAACAUUGCACGCAUUUUUUUCUCACGUUUAGAAAAAAAUCAAUCGAAGAAAAAUAUUCUAGAGAAAAAGAUAGAAUGUUGACAACUUAUUACGUGUGCAGUUUAUGGAUUUUCUCAUGUCUUUCUCUCAUUCAACUAAUAAUAACAUCUUUUUCUCCCAUAAUUAUUUUAUUCAUUACGCUGGGUGAAAUUUUUAUUUUUUUAAUCAAUUACAUACUUCUCGGACACAAUCACAAAUUAAGAAUAUUAAGAAUAUUAUCGGAAAAAAUUCAAGAGAAAAGAUCCGUUCCACAAGCUAUCGGUUUAAUCGUUAUUUUUGCUACGUAUUUUCUUUCCCUUUCAUCUCUUUUCGUCGUGCCCGAUCCGAUUCCAAAUAAUGAAUGUCGAAACGUUUCAAAAAUUGACAAUCAAAUUUGUCGUAAAGAUUAUUUCGUAUUAGAGUACGUUUUACAAAAUGUUCUCAUUACGAUGAUCAUGUGUGCCGUUUAUCAAAUCCUUACAUGGCCUAUGAAAUUUGCAACGUUGUUUUUCAUAUGCAUUAGUUUUUUAAUUUUGCAAUGGUUUUUAGUACCCGAAAUAUUUACUAAUUUAAUCAACAUCCAUUAUUUAUUUUCAUCGAAGCAAUUAACAGGAUUGGUUUUAAUUUGUUUUUUAACUGCUCUCGUUAUACACAGUCAACAAACGGAUUCAACUUAUCGACUUGAUUUUUUAUGGAAAAUUGUGUUGCCGAUGGUGAUGGCCACGGCUCCAAUGGCAGCUCCAUUUAAAGCCCAACUACUAGAUAAUAAGCAUAAAUCCUUUGUUUUAGCAUCGUUUAACCAACCUUGCAUUAUUCCUAGUGCUCCACCUAUAACAAAUCCUAUUAUUAAUCCGUCGACAAAUCCUUUCAUCGAUGCCGAUGAUAAAUCUCCACUUUGUCUCGAUACAGACAGUUGUCUUCCCGUCCAUAUAUCAGGUUUCGAUAUCAUUCCCGAUUGUCCUGGGAAUAAAUUCCCAAAUAUAUUACCAGUACAUGUUGCUGAACAUUUUCUAUCGAGCACGAAUACGGAUGAAUUAUAUCACGAACAAUGCGAUUCCGUUUGCAUUAUGUUUGCUUCGAUUCCAAAUUUUUCCGAAUUUUACGUCGAAUUAGAGGGUAAUAAUGAAGGAGUCGAAUGUUUGAGACUUUUAAAUGAAAUAAUUGCAGAUUUCGAUGAAAUUUUAUCCAACGAAGAAUUUAAAUAUGUUGAAAAAAUCAAAAGCACUGGAGCAACUUACAUGGCUGCAUCCGGUUUGACGAAAAGCACUUGCGACAUGAUAAAUUUCCGUCACGUUACUGCAAUGGCAGAUUAUGCAUUAAAAAUCCGUGAACAACUUGCAGAUGUCAACGAACAUUCCUUUAAUAAUUUUAGAAUUAGAAUAGGUAUAAAUAUCGGACCUGUCGUUGCUGGUGUUAUCGGUGCCAGAAAACCUCAAUAUGAUAUUUGGGGUAACGCAGUUAACGUUGCAUCCAGAAUGGAUUCGACCGGUAUUUUAGAUUCAAUACAAGUAACGCAAGAAGUUUACGACAUUCUAUCAGUAAGAGGAUAUCCAAUGAAAUGUAGAGGAAGUAUAGAAGUCAAAGGAAAAGGUUCAAUGGUUACUUAUUUUCUUCUUGGAAGUUCAAAUCAAAAACAAUCAAUUGAAACUUAUUCAAUAUCAAACGAUAUUUCAACAGAUUUAAAUUUAACGAAUAAUAAAACGUAA